CACUUUUCCCACUCAUCCCUAUUUCCAAGCCCAGCUGGGGGCCGGACAGCUUUCUCUGUAUAAUAUUCUCAAGGCCUACUCGUUGCUGGACCCAGAGGUGGGGUACUGCCAGGGCUUGUCCUUCAUCGCAGGAGUGUUGCUGUUACACAUGGGGGAGGAAGACGCCUUCAACAUGCUCAAGUUUCUCAUGUAUGACGUGGGACUCCGCAGACAGUAUAGGCCUGACAUGAUUAUACUGCAGAUUCAGAUGUACCAGCUGUCACGUCUGCUCCACGACUACCACCGGGAUCUCUACAGCCACCUGGAGCAGCAGGAAAUCGGGCCCAGCCUGUACGCCACGCCGUGGUUCCUGACUGCCUUCGCCUCGCACUUCCCUCUGGGCUUUGUGGCGAGAGUCUUCGAUAUGUUGUUCCUGCAGGGGGCGGAGGUCAUAUUUAAAGUGGCCCUGAGUCUCCUGGGGAGCCACAAGCCUCUGAUCCUGCAGCAUGACAGCCUGGAGUCCAUUGUGGACUUCAUCAAGACCACGCUUCCCAACCUGGGCUUGGUGCAGAUGGAGAAAACUAUCAUCCAGGUUUGUGAGAUGGAUGUGUCCAAGCAGCUCCAGGCGUACGAGGUUGAGUACCACGUCUUGCAGGAUGAGCUCCUGGACACGCCUCCGACCCUCAAUCAACACCAGCGCGCUGCGCAGCUGGAGAGGACCAAUCAGAGCCUGCGACAGCAGAACCUGGACUUGCUUGAGGAGCUGCAGGUGUCGUACGCCCGAGUGUGCAGCCUGGAGAGUCGCGUGGCGGCGCUGGUGCAGUCGGACGCCGAGCUGCGGGAGCAGGUGAGCGCUCUGAAGCAGGAGAAGCUGCAGCUGGUAAGCACGGCCACGCGUCUCCAGGACCUGCUCACCACCCUCGGCAUACACAGCACUCCCGACGGCGUGGAAAUACAGCCCCCCCUGACCACAGCGGGGGACAAGGUGGGUGCACCGGCAGGACAGGAGGACAGGACUUUGGAGUUCCUUCGCCGCCCCGUCAUAUUAGUGGAGAGGAAGGUCAAUGGACAAGGGGGGACUUUGACAUGACUUAAGUUCUUUGUUCCAACACAAAAUGUACUUCCUUAAAAGAGGAGGCGAGCAGAAUCAUAUUUAUAAAAGAAAAAAAGUCAUGCACCUUGUGUGAUAAACUAGCAUGUGAUUGGACCAGCCUGUCCCAAAGAUGGCCCCUCACUGUAUUAGCACUUGGAUCUUGAGUCCCUGGCCCGAGAUUUGUUCCCAAAGAACGUCACGUGAGAAUGUGAACGAGUGAAGAAGUGAACUUCACGAGUAAAGUAUGUUGAUGUUGUGUCCAGAAUGACGCAAGCUGAAUGUUGGAGCCUGCUGGGAGGAAAGUGAUCCGCUCCACUUUUGACUCAACAAAAACAUUGUUUUUCUAAGUAUACUCAUGCCUUACUGUAAGUCAAAGUAGACGUCGUUUUUUUUUUUUUUGUUUUUUUACCUGGAAUUACCUCUGGUUUAUAAACCUUGACUGUAUUGGACACACUGUAUUCCUUCCAGCGGACCUACAGCUUCAAAUGAUGUUUGUGCACUGGUUGCAACAAAUCUAUUCAAUUUACACUGUAAAGCAGGGCUAUUCAACUAGCGGCCCAGGGGCCACACCCAGCCCCGGAAUGACAACAUACCGGUCCCCGAGUUCAGUUCAAAACUCGGGAGGCAAAUUCCUAAAAAAAAAACACAAGUGCUCCUGUUAUAUAGAGGAACUUGGACCAUGGCAACACUUUGGUGGAUCAUUGCAUUGACACUUUAACCUUGCCAGCAAACACAGAACACUGAGGUCCAAACGUGUGAUUUACAGAACUGAGGCGUUCCUCAAGGCACCCCUUUAAGUCCUCUCCUUUUUGGCAGUUACACAUUUUUUUUUGCGUGAAGUGAUUGUUGUAAGUAAGGUGUUGCUGUAGCUUGUUUAUGUCAGAGGGAGUCAGUAGUCAUUUGUUCAACUUCUUUAGAUGAACUCGUGGUGUUCCUCAGGGUUCCAUUUUAGGUCCUCUCUUUUUCAUCAUUUGGGCUUUUCGACUGCUCCACGAGUUCAGUUGAAGAAAAACUUUUGAGGGACUCACAUUUUUAAACGCUAGAGCAGGGGUGUACAAACUACGGUCCGUGUGCGGCCCGCCAGCGUCUUCAAUUUGAGUUAAAUACGGAAUCUGGCCGAUUUCCAUUCAUUUUUAAAAGUCAGUUUAUAUGCUGCGUCGCCAUCUUGUGGACAACAUAAGUAAUUCAGGUCCAUCACCACUUACUAUGUAUGUAACCAAGCGCCGCAUUUACCUGUAUAACUAAAUACAAACAACCUUCCCUAGUCAUGGUGCAAAAAAGAAAAUUGUACCAGCAUAAAAUGGUAUUAUAAAAUAACGUAAUAAAAAAAUAAAUAAAAAAAAUAACGUCCAUGCACCAUUACAUUUCAGAAUUACACCCAUUUAGAUCUAUUACUAAGCAUGAUGGGAAAAAUGCAAAACACCAUCUCCACACUUAUUCAUGUUUGGCACAUUUUAGCUGCUUUAUAUUUCUGAUUGAUUACAAAACUUUAAGGAGGUCGUCACGGAAGUAAACAAGUCCAACUUUCACAUACCCUUAAUAUCCAAUUAUAUUAAUUAUUAAUCAUACUGUAUAUCCAUUA